AUGGAGAAGACUUUGAACAGAAUUCAUCCAGUUUCUGAUCCAGAAGCAACAUAUUUUCUACAAGUAUCAUGGGAAAAAGAUUUAGGCACUGGCUUUGGUAUAUUACUUAGUGAUGGUCAAUGUGCAUGGACUGGGACAGUGUCUGAAGCUGAAAUUUCUAGGGAGGCUGCUGACAUGGAAAUGAAUAGAGGAAAGUAUGUCGAAGAACUGAAGAAAGCGUUGAUAGCUGGAGAAGAAUCAGCUGGCAAAUAUAACUUUGCUAUUUCAAGAGAUGAAGAAAAUAUGGAGUGUCACUUUUCCUAUGAAAGAAAUCUGAAAGAUGGCUCUUUUAGACUUGGAUCUUUGAAGCUACAGAAAGUUUCAAGUCCGGUGGAGGUGGUUAAGGAACUGAUUGGUUACUGCCUAGACUGCCUGGGAAGACUGAAGGCAAAAAAUGAGCACCUGCAAAAAGAAAAUGAAAGGCUUUUCAGCGACUGGAGUGAUGUGGAGAAGCGGCUGGAAAAAUGUGUGGAAGCUAAAGAAGAACUAGAGGCAGAUCUUUAUAACCGGUUUAUUUUGGUGCUGAAUGAAAAGAAGGCAAAGAUAAGAAACUUACAGAAGUUAUUGAAUGAAGCGAAAGAAUCUGCAGCAGAUGCCAAAUGUACAAGUUAUUCACCUGCAGAAGCACCAGAACAAAAUUAUUCCCUUCUGGGUAGCCCAGAUGUCAUUGAUACUGCUCCAAGAAGAAAGCGAAGACAAAGGAUAGCAAAGCAUGCUGGGACAGGAGCUAAGAUGGCUACUUAUGAGACAGAACUGCCAGCCAAGGAAAAACCUGGUCUGGCCUCACAGAAGACAUCAGUCAGGCACUCCCUGGAUGUGAUGUCUCUCGAAACACUGGAAAACACUUGUGAGCCAGAAGACCUCUUUGAUGACAUCUAG